UCCCCUCAAGUGGCCCUGCAAAUGUCUCAGCUUUUGCUACCACCUCCAGCAGCGUCCUGGUCCGCUGGGGCGAAGUACCAGAGACUGACCGCAAUGGACUAAUUCUGGGCUAUAAGGUGGUAUACAAAGAGAAGGAUGCAGAGUCAGCCCUGUGUUUCUGGACGGUAGAGGGAAAUACCACUUAUAGUAUCCAGCUCACUGGUCUUGGGAAGUAUGUGCUUUAUGAGAUCCAGGUUCUAGCCUUCACCCGUAUAGGAGAUGGCAUGCCUAGUUCUCUGCCCAUCUUUGAGCGCACGCUUGAUGACGUACCUGGUCCUCCAGUCGGGAUCCUUUUCCCUGAAGUCAGGACUUCCUCAGUGAGACUGAUCUGGCAACCCCCUGCCCAGCCAAAUGGCAUUAUCCUUGCAUAUCAGAUUGCUUUCCGGAAAAACUCUUCUAGUAUUACCUCUGCCAACGUUGAUGUUCUCAACCCAAGUGCACGACAGUAUACAGCGACUGGACUGAAACCAGAGAGUGUUUAUGUAUUCCGCCUCACGGCCCAGACUCGAAAGGGAUGGGGAGAAGCAGCAGAGGCACUGGUGGUCACUACAGAGAAGAGAGCACGCCCUCAGCCCACAAGUCGUCCCGUUGUGCCUCAGGAAGAGGUCCAGGCCCGCAGUGUGCUGUUGUCAUGGGAACCAGGCAGCGAUGGUCUGUCUCCCAUCCGAUACUACACCGUCCAGUACAGAGAGCUGCCCGACAGCAAUUGGACCGUCCACUCAGCAUCGGUCAACCAUGAGGCCACUUCAUACGUCAUAGACAAGCUCAAGCCUUUCACUUCCUACCAGUUCAGAGUGAAAGCCACUAAUGAUAUUGGGGACAGCGAGUACAGCGAGGAGAGCGAGGCAAUCACCACUCUACAGGACG